GCAAAGACAAGACAAAGAGAACGCGUUGUGAAUACACCACCAGACAUAGUGGGCUCAUCUGCUAGGGAUUUCCUCGAGGACAGAUUGAUGUAUAAAUAAGUGGGGUUUGCUCCUCGUGAAAACGAUUCAUCUACCAUCCCCCAUCCUCAAAUUCCCUCCCCAGCCUUCGACAUCCACCAACCAUCUUUCGACCAUCCAGCCAUGGCUUCUAAGAACACCAACGCACAAUCUGGAGGCGGCCUUGCCCCACUAUCCGACGCCAAAUCCCAGCGCGGGUUCCAAGCGGCGCGUGAAUUCGUGCGCGCGUGUGCAGGCCGCGACCCCCUGGAUGAGGCGGUCUACGCAUAUUGUCGUAUUUGGGAGACGCGCCGUCCGGAUCUUGAGAUGAUAGCCAGUCUUGUGUAUCACGACCACAAAGAAAUCGCUCGACCUUUCAAUGAGGAGCGCAGCGGGUUUGUGUCUCGCGCGAUUUACCUCCCAGAUUGUGGGUUGGCUCGCUUGCUUCUAGAAGCCGGCAUACCUAUGCCGUCCUCAUCUGAUCCACUGAGUAAAAUGUUCGAGCGGCAGCCGUUGGCAAAGCAAGAGGAAUUUGCGGCGCUGCUGCUCUCCUACGGGGCGAAGUGCAAGCACCCGGACACCUCCUCCUUCCGACCCUUGUGUCUCCUGGGCAACGAACGAUUGGUUCGGCAAGCCUUGACGGACAAUCCGGACUUCUUGCUGCGCGCCUCCUCAUUCGAACCGGGGGCGUCUGUGGAACAGCUCGAGCCGCUCCGAUACUAUGCGCGCGAUUCAACGGUUCCGACUCCGGCGGCGCUGCAUAAUUCCCACCGCCUGCAGCGGAUCAUGGACUGCGUGCCGGCUCCGCUGGGGAUCAUUAAUGCGUUCUUGGAUCUGAAUCCCCCCUUGGAUUGGGGCCUGUCGUUUGUCACGACCCUGGCGGCGGGGAAGCCUGAGGUAGCUUUGGCGAUGGUCGCGAGGGAGGAGCAGUUCUUUUCGCGGCACGGCCACCUCGCGGACCAGCUGAAAGCGGCCGCCGACUUUGGCUACCCUAGCGUCAUUCGGGCCAUUUUCAAUUGGAAUGACCAUGCGAAGUAUAAAGAGGGAUUGCUAGAGAUGUGGAUGGAUAAGGCACAGCUUGCCGAUUGGAAGCGUGAUCGCCUGUAUCAGCCCGCGGGGCUUCGGGUAUCUGGUGUUCUAUCACCGCUCCAGGAUCGCUCUUAUCGCUUGGUUCUGCAGAGUAGUGAUACUUCUUCUCCUUCUGGCGCACUGAGUAAGCCACUUGUGUUUUAUUUGGAUCACCAUCGUACCUCCGUAACGGCAAUGGGAGACCACGAGCUCUGGGACGCGGUAUAUGGCAAGGUAGACUGUUACAAACAAGGGCGAUAAUAGCAGACUAAAGUCGCUUGUGCAGGU